CGUGUCAUGAUUCUAUUGAUUGUUUUUAGAUAAAAUGAAUUCGCCAUGAACAAUAGAUGGUAGUAGACAUAACGGUAUUAACCAACCCGCCAAAAAAGAACCGAGAGGAACUAACUCCACUCCAUGAUUUUUAACGGCUAGUUUUCCAAAUGGUUGCAUUCGUCAAUUUGAAGAUGGCUACCACAUUAGCUCUUAACUACUCCUGCAGAUCCGACUUUCAUGAAAGCAUCUGGCAGAAAAGAGCGAAAGCUUCGAAAGCCAACCAGAACCAUGAGCUCACUGUCAAGCAAAGGAUCUCCAAAUCAGCUCUCACAAAUAGUUAUCAAUCACAGACUGUGAAAACUCCGAUUAAACAGCACUAUCUUUCACUCGUACGAGACCUUUGUUCGUAUGUGAAUUCUGGGUCUAUGGAUGAUGCACUCUAUCUGUUUGAGAAUAUGAGUAAAUGCGACCCCUUCGUUUGGAAUGUUGUGAUCAGGGGAUUAACCGAUAAUGGGUUCUUUCAGGAGGCCAUUGAUUUUUAUUAUCGAAUGCAAUUUGAAGGAGUUCGAGCUGACAAUUUCACCUACCCAUUUGUAAUCAAGGCAUGUGCAGGGACAUUUUCUUUGGUGGAGGGGCAAAAGGUUCACUCGAAGGUUAUUAAGAUGGGGUUUGAUUCGGACCUCUAUGUUUGCAAUUCACUUAUUGCUAUGUAUGCGAAGCUUGGGCAUAUCAAGCUUGCAGAGAGGGUGUUUGAAAACAUGCUUGUUAGAGACUUGGUUUCUUGGAAUUCUAUGAUUAGUGGGUAUGUUUCAGUCAGCGAUGGUUGGGGUGCUUUGAUGUGUUUCCGUGAAAUGCAUUCGUUUGGAAUGCAAUCCGACAGGUUCAGCAUGAUCAGCAGUCUCGGUGCUUCUUCCCUCGAGUGUUGUUUGCUGAAUGGUAAAGAAAUUCAUUGCCAAGUGAUUAGAAGUGGGUUUGAAUUGGACCUCAUGGUUCAGACAUCACUCAUCGACAUGUACGGGAAAUGUGGGGCAGUGGACAAUGCUGAGAGGUUAUUCAAUAUAAUUUCUCAAAAGACCAUUGUGGUUUGGAAUGCUAUGUUAGGUGGAUACGCUUUAAAUGCACGCCCACUCGAGUCAUUUGCUUGCAUGAAAACGAUGCAAGAGGUUGAUCAGUUGAUUCCUGACACGAUUACAUUGAUAAACUUGCUUCCUUCCUGUGCACAAAUAGGAGCUCUCUCGCAGGGUAAGUCUAUCCACGGCUAUGCUAUUAGAACAGGGUCUCUUCCUCAUUUAAUACUGGAAACUGCUCUGGUUGACAUGUAUGGAAAGUGUAGGGAGCUGAAAUUGGCAGAACGUGUCUUUGGUCACAUGAGUGAAAAGAAUUUGAUAUCAUGGAAUGCUAUGAUUGCUUCUUAUGUACAGAAUGAGCAUUAUAAAGAAGCAUUGGGAUUGUUUCAAGAACUAUGGAAAGAGCCUUUUAAUCCAGAUGCGAUGACAAUUACUAGUAUCGUAGCUUCUUACACUGAGAUUGCAUUGUUGCGUGAGGGGAAGCAAAUCCAUGGGUAUAUCACAAAACGAGAUCUUGGUUCAAAUACCUUCAUCUCAAAUUCAAUUGUUUAUAUGUAUGCAAAAUGUGGAGAUCUCCAAACUGGACGAGAAAUUUUUGAGAGGAUGUUGCCUAAGGAUGUAAUAUCAUGGAACACGAUCAUUAUGGCUUAUGCUAUUCAUGGUUUGGGGAAAACUUCAGUCAGAUUGUUUCUCGAAAUGCAGGAAGAGGAUACGAAACCCAAUGCAAGUACUUUUGUUUCCCUACUAUCAGCUUGCAGCGUCGCUGGCAUGGUGGAUGAAGGGUGGGAGUACUUCAAUUCAAUGAAAAGGGACUAUGAAAUUAAUCCUGGAAUAGAGCACUACGGCUGUAUGGUUGAUCUUCUCGGUCGCACUGGAAAUCUUGACCUAGCUAAGCGUUUCAUUGAUGAAAUGCCAUUGUUCCCAACUGCCAGGAUAUGGGGAGCUCUGCUGGCUGCAAGCAGACACAAUAGAAACCUAGAAUUAGCUGAAUUUGCAGCUAAGCAAAUAUUAUCCUUGGAACAUGACAAUAGUGGUUGCUACGUCUUGCUUUCAAAUAUGUAUGCUGAAGUUGGAAGGUGGGACGAUGUAGAGCGGAUUAAAGGUCUUAUGAAGAAAGAAGGGGUGCAAAAAGCCAUUGGACACAGUACAGUUGAGAUCAACGGCAUGAUUUACGGGUUCACGAAUCAAGAUAGAUCCCAUGUAAAAACUAAUGUGAUCUACAAUGUAUUAGAUAUUAUUUCGAGGGAGAUUGGGGAAGACAUUUAUGUUCACAGCGUCAAGAAGUUCAGACCACUAGAUGUGUUGAGAAAAAGAAUGAACUCGCCCGAGUGUCACAGUGUGAGAUUAGCAAUUUGUUUAGGCUUGAUCUCAACGAGAACUGGGGAACCUGUUCUUGUUAGAAAAAACAUUCGAAUAUGUGAAAAUUGCCAUAGUACUGCAAAGAAGAUCUCGAAGGUCACUAAAAGAGAGAUAGUAGUGGGAGAUCCAAAGAUAUAUCACCAUUUUAGAGAUGGUCAUUGUUCAUGUAAAGAUUAUUGUUGAACACAGUUGCUUCAAUAUUAUGUAUAAUUUAUUGUAUAUGUCAAUGUAAAAGGUUCCUUGAUUGAUCUGUAUAUUUUCUCAAAGGUGAAAUAAAAUCAC